GAUCUAGUGAGCUGUGGCAAUGUCCAUUGAAAGGUUGAUUUUGUGAUGUUUCCAUCUUUAUGGUUUUAAUAAUAUUUAAAUAACGUGUAGUUCUUAUUAUUCUUGUAAAAUAUAGUUAUGGGAAUAAUCGUGCAUGGCGGACUGUUCGCCAGUGUUUAUAGAUAACAUCAAUAAUUGAAUAGCCAAUCUUCAUUAGCCUGCUAAAAAAGGUUAUAAUGGAGACAACGGGACUUGAAACCGUAUCAGAUUUGAAACAAGAAAUUGAAAGAUUAAGUCGUGAAUUAGAUCAGGCAAACAGUGAAAGGACACAGUCUGCACAAUAUGGUCUUGUGCUUCUUGAAGAGCAAGAACACCUACGGCAAAGAUUUGAAGAAUUGGAAAGCUUAUACGAAAACACUAAGCAUGAACUUGACAUUACUCAGGAGGCAUUGGCAAAAUUUCAGACUACUCACAAAGUAACUACAAAGUCAGGCAUUGAACAGGAAGAAUCUCUGCUAUCGGAGUCAGCUGCCCGUGAAACAUCGUUAAGCUCCAUAAUAAUCGACCUAGAAAAUGACCAAAAAACUGUUCGUCAAGAAUUGGAACGAGUUCAGGAGGAACGUGAUCGUAUGAUUCAGGAGAAUGCUGAGCUAGCUAAAGACAUACAAGAGGCAGAAGGAGAGAGAAAGAGUCUAAGAACCGAAAUAAAAGAGAUUAAGUUUAGGGAAAUGAGACUGCAAACGGAUUAUGCAGAAUUGGAAGAAGAGAACAUUACCCUUUUGAAGCAAGUGUCUGGACUCAAAUCUUCUCAGGUUGAAUUUGAAGGCGCUAAACAUGAGAUUAGAAGGCUACAAGAAGACUUGGAAGAUCUUCAACAACAAGUGAGCGAGGCUAAUAAAUUGAAAGAAUUGGCUGAAAAACAAAUGGAAGAAGCAUUAGAAACUUACCAGAUUGAAAGAGAAGCGAAAAAUGCUUUGAAGAAAGAACUUGACAGCAGAAUCAGUAGUGAAUCAAUGUAUAACCUCAGUAACCUCGCUUAUAGCAUACGUGGUAUCGCUGACGAUCAAGCAAUUGGAAGCGAUGAUGAUGAUGACAUGCCCGUUUUAAAGAAAAUCGAAGCUGACAUAAAAAAUACUUCUGAUCUGGCUUCUCCCGAUGGCAAGCAAGUGGACUUGUUCAGUGAAAUUCAUCUUAACGAACUCAAGAAACUGGAGAAACAACUCGAACAGGUUGAGAGCGAGAAAGGAGCUCUGACGCAGACGUUGAGGGAUUCACAAGCGGUGGCCGAGCGCAGCCAAUCCGAGACGCAGGCGCUGAUCGCCAGGCUGGCUCAGUUGCGCGCGCACAUCGACUCCCUUGAUCACCUCAGGUCACGUGCCAACAGUCCUCAGUACAACGAGGUUGAUGUGGGCAAGCUGGGUGCAGCGGUGGCGCACUACCAGCAGUGGUUCAGCCUGGCGGCGCGGGAGAUCGAGGUGAUCCGCGCCGAGAUGCAGGACCUCGAGCAGCUCAACUGCUCUGAUGCGGUCGUGCAUUUGCGCAACGAGAUCACCGACCUCAAGAACCGGCUGCUCGACAAGGAGCAGCGCGCCCUCGAGCUCACCGCAGACGUGAGGCUGCUCGGCGAGCUGGCGGGCGAAGCGAGUGACUCGCUCGAUGCCGCGCAGAAUGACCUGAACACUGUCUCCGACGAACUCGCCCAGCUCUACCACCAUGUCUGCACCGUCAACGGCGAGACGCCUAGCCGCGUCCUGCUCGAACACGAAAAGCACUGCGAACCUGGCCAGGGUCUCGCUGACAACGGAGACAAGGGUGCGAGAAUCGAGAUGCUUCGGGCGAGGUUGGCCCUGGACAUCUCGGCCAAGGAGCUCGGCAGUCUGCAGGAGGCGACACUCAUGGCCAAGCAUGUGGAGACUGUCCUCGACCAGAUCCGCCAUCUUAGAUCGGCCGUCAACCACACCAUCGAUCGGGCAAAGAGUAGUAGUAAAUUCGUCAACAAUUCCGAGAUGCCGAGCUUAGGCAGCGAGGAGGUGGCCGAACUGCAGGAACAGGUUGUGAAGUUGAAGUCGCUGCUGUCGACGAAACGCGAGCAGAUCGCCACUCUGCGCACCGUGCUCAAGUCCAACAAGAACACGGCAGAGGUCGCGCUCAACAAUCUCAAGUCCAAGUACGACAACGAGAAGUCCAUUGUCAGCGAAACCAUGAUGAAACUGCGCAACGAACUGCGCAUGCUCAAGGAGGAGGCUGCUACUUUCUCAAGUUUGCGCGCGAUGUUCGUGGCGCGGUGCGAGGAGUACGUGACACAGGUGGACGAGCUGCAGCGACUGCUGACGGCCGCCGAAGAGGAGAAGAAGACGCUGAACCAACUGCUGCGGCUGGCAGUGCAGCAGAAGCUGGUGCUGACGCAGCGCUUGGAAGAGCUGGAGGUUGAUCGCGAGAUGCGCAACGUGCGGCGCGCUGCACCUGCGCCCGCCACGCGCCAGCCUGCCAAGCCGCGCUACAGCCAGCCGCCCGCGCGACACAACUUCUUCUAAUCCCGUCCGAGCCAAGCACACUUGUCUGUUCACUUCAUCAACAACCAACCCGGGUAGGCUACUUCAGUACGUCAAACCAUCUGUUUGCAAUGGGUCACAUUCACUUAAUAAGAGUCCAGUUCAUCAAGAUCGAACCCGGUAAGCAACUUCAAGCUCCAUCAUAACCACCAUCUGUGUCAUCUGUUUGCAAUGGGUGACAUUCACUUCAUCAAGAUUUCAGUAAAUCAAGAACCAGCCCGGGUAGGCAACUUUAGCUCGUCAAGCUCCUGUUGCUUUCAGAAAGUCUAGUAGAUGAAGAUAUCAUACUUUUAUUACAUAGAGUUACUAGUAAACUUUUUUAUUUUCUUUGAGGCGCGAAUAGUUUUGGGUAUUGGUCCCAUUCUCAAGUUUCAAAAAUAUGCGUCUCGAAACUUGAUAAUGGGAUAGAUAAUACCCUAAUCUAUUCGUGUCUAAAAGAUAAUAAAAAAGGGUAUUACAUAGAAUUACUAGUACUCUCUUAUAUUUUAUUUGAUACACGACUAUUUUUGGGUAUUUAUUCCAUUAAAGUGCCAGAAAUAUGCAUUUUGACACUUGAUGAUGGGAAACUAGUCGUGUCUAGAAAAAAAUAGAGGAGAGUAUUUGUUAUUGUAUGUAAUACAACUUUCAAGUAUCAUUAUUGAAAUAAAUGAACCGUAUCAUAUAUUUUAUUCUAAAA